UUUUCCUCAGCACAGGUUUUGAAAAAUCUCCCCCUAUGUAGUGUGACACAAGCCCCAGAAAUAUAAGUUGUCCACCACUGCUGUAGACUAUAUAGCUGUGAUGAGCAGCCUCUCAUUUAGGGAUCCCACCUGACUAGCACAUGUGCAGGUUGCUGACUAGAUUUUGUGCACAACAAGACAUGGAGGCUUUAGAUCUGCUCUGUCAGGAGUGGAAGCUGCAAGUUUAGCAAAGGUUGAAUGCAAUGUACCCAAAUGAUCAAACAAAACUGGCACUGGAUCGGUCUAUGAAGAAGUCUCGUGCUCCUAUUUGCAAGUACUGGCAUCUCUGGAUAAUGUCUACUCCGCUAAGGCAGCAAGAUUACUGACAAACAUACAGCCUGAUAUAGACAUGUCGGACACCUAGCUACCAGCUUUCAUGAUUCUGUAGCCAAGCAACAUGGGUGACUGGAGUUUUCUUGAAAAGUUACUGGACCAAGUGCAGGAGCAUUCUACAGCUAUUGGAAAAGUCUGGCUUGUGGUCUUGUUUGUGUUCCGUCUCCUGAUUCUCAGCUUGGCGGGAGAAUCAGUUUGGGGGGAUGAGCAAUCGGACUUCAUCUGUAACACUAAACAACCUGGAUGCCCAAAUGUUUGUUAUGAUAAAGCAUUUCCUAUAUCUCAUAUUCGUUACUGGGUGCUGCAGUUCUUAUUUGUCAGUUCUCCUACCCUGUUUUAUCUGGGCCAUGUACUUUACAUAUCAAGGAAAGAAGCAAAGUUGAGGAAUAAAGAAAACGAAUAUGAUCAAAUGAAUCAAGAUAACCAUGAGGAAAGGAAACCUCGGAAAUUCUUAAUCCAGGAGGAUGGAAAAGUCAAGAUAAGGGGAGCAUUAAUGUGCACAUAUAUAACUAGUAUUGUUUUCAAGAGUGUACUUGAGGCUGGAUUUCUACUUGGUCAAUGGUAUCUCUAUGGCUUUGUGAUGACUCCAAAUUAUGUGUGUGAAAGACCACCAUGUCCUCACAAGGUAGACUGCUUUGUAUCCCGACCCAUGGAGAAAACCAUAUUCAUCCUUUUCAUGCUUGUAGUCUCCCUCAUCUCAUUAUUCCUUAAUAUACUAGAGCUGACCAUACUUAUAAUUCAGAACAUUUCCCGAAAAGUAAAACGCUUUAAAUCAGUCAAAUAUACAGGUGAUAGACAAGUGAUAUUCCAUGAAAAGUCCUACAGCUCACCUAGCGCACCAGUGCUGGACAAAUCUUGCCUCUAUUUUCCUAUGGACAAGGAUAAAUGUGCUGCUUACAAAAUAUCCUAUGAGGAGAACUGGGCUAACUACAAUACAGAAAAGGAGUUAAGAUUAAAUGUUGGAUUACACUCGACCAUGGAUUGUAAUGUUUGCUGUGAUGACUCUUCACAUGUUUCCAACCGAUCAAAUAGUUCAAUGGGGAAAAAGCAAUACGUGUAAAUUUACAAUCUUGACUUUAUAAAACUGUAUUAAAAACUGCACUUUGUUAAAAUAGGAUAUUUAUCUUUCUGCUUCCUUCUUUUGAUAUAUAUAAUAUUUUCUAAAGUAUUCUUG